CUUUGUUAUUUUUAUUAUUCGCACGUGACUGUUGUGUCACACAUUAAUUGUUAGUUGUGUUUAGUAUAUUGUUUAAAACGAUUACAAAAUGCCGAAAGUACGUAGUCAAAAAACAUCCCGUGUUCACACAGAAGUUGCAAAACAGGGAAUCCUGUUUAAUAAGGAUAUCGGACAACAUAUUUUGAAAAAUCCACUUGUAAUACAGAGUAUGGUCGAGAAGGCUGCAGUUAGACCAACAGAUGUUAUAUUAGAAAUAGGUCCUGGUACAGGUAAUAUGACAGUAAAACUAUUGGACAAAGCUAAAAAAGUAAUAGCAUGCGAAGUGGAUACUCGAAUGGUGGCUGAAUUACAAAAGCGUGUACAGGGCACUCCAUACCAGUCAAAAUUGCAAAUUAUGAUAGGAGAUGUUUUGAAAACCGAAUUGCCGUUCUUUGAUUUGUGCGUUGCCAAUAUACCAUACCAAAUAUCAUCCCCAUUAGUAUUUAAAUUACUUCUGCAUAGACCGUUAUUUAGAUGUGCAGUACUUAUGUUUCAAAGAGAAUUUGCCGAACGUUUAGUGGCAAAACCAGGAGAUAAACUAUACUGUCGUCUAAGUAUAAAUACUCAGUUGUUGGCACGGAUAGAUUUGCUGAUGAAAGUGGGAAAAAAUAACUUCAGGCCACCACCAAAAGUAGAAUCAAGUGUAGUUAGGAUAGAACCACGUAAUCCACCACCGCCGAUUAAUUAUCAGGAAUGGGACGGUUUAACGCGAAUCGCGUUCGUGAGAAAAAAUAAAACUCUUGCAGCAGCAUUUAAACAAACUACGGUGUUAACGAUGUUAGAAAAAAAUUAUAAACUUCAUUGCAGUUUAAAUAACAAGCCGGCACCUGAAGGAUUUGAUAUUAAAGAAUUGGCGAGCAAAAUUUUACAAAAAGUAGGGGCGGAAAACAAACGUGCCAGAACUAUGGAUAUAGACGAUUUUAUCAGCAUUUUACACGCAUUUAACACGGAAGGAGUGCAUUUUACAUAAUUCAAUUUUUAAUUUUUGUAAAAAAAAAAACAGCGUAAACGCUAUAUAUAAAUCGAAAUAUGUAAUAUCCGCGAAUAAAGUAAAUUUGUUUAAAUAAUACAAAAUUAAUGUCCUGAAUUAAAUUUAACAUCCACGCCACAAGUAUGUAGUGUUUAAAGAAAAAUGGAAGAAUUACUAUUUAUCCACUGUAAAUCAAUCAUUUUACGAUUUACAUGUAACAUGUAUCAUUGAGACUUAACAUUCUUAAAUCUGCGUAUUUUACAAAAAACCAUCCAUGUAAACUUUUAAUUAAAUUAUUUGUUCCUAACAUACAUGUAUAUUUACAAACAUUCUUUGGGAAUUAAAAUCGUAAAGAAAUAUACUCAACUUUAUUGUACAAUUA